AUGUUUCUUCAGCCGCGACAGACCCAGACUGAUCUUCACGGGUAUUCGGUGGAAUUCAGUCCGUUUGUGGACAACCUUGUGGCAGUUGGAACCGCUCAAUAUUUUGGAAUCGUGGGCAAUGGCCGGCAGCAUGUGUACGAGAUGCUUCCGUCGGGAGGAUUUGCUCCAAUCCGAGCUUUUGACACGCCCCAGGGUGUUUACGACUGUGCUUGGAGCGAGAACAAUGGACAGCAACUCGUAAGCUCGUGUGCGGAUGGAUCGAUUAAGCUCUGGCAUUUGCAGACACGCGAUCAAUUCCCAAUACGAAAUUUUCACGAACACGUAAAGGAAGUGUCUGGAGUGAAUUGGAAUUUAAUUUCAAAAGAUUCGUUUGCGUCAGCAUCAUGGGACGGCACGGUAAAAAUUUGGAAGCCUGAGGCUCCACACUCAAUCAUGACUUUGGCAGAACAUUCGAGUGCUGUGUACAACGUUGUGUGGAAUACGCAAAAUAAUUCACUAGUGGCGUCCUGUUCCGGAGACAAAACUGUUAAGAUUUGGGAUCUCAAUAGUGCUAGGUCCGUUUCGACCAUUGAAGCACAUGGCAACGAAGUGCUGGCUCUUGACUGGAACAAAUACAAUCAGUUUGAACUCGUGUCUGGAUCAGCCGACUGCGCGAUCAAAGUCUGGGAUAUUCGAAAUCCUACACAAGUCCUUCGGAUGCUGUCAGGUCAUAGCUAUGCAGUCAGAAGGAUCAAGUGCUCGCCACACGAUUCGAACGUGAUCGCAUCGGUGUCGUACGACAUGUCUGUGGGUGUUUGGAACACAAAAUCACCGUAUCCGCGACUUCAGAUUGCGCAGCACCAUAGUGAAUUUGUUCAUGGCUUUGACUUUAGUCUCUUUAACGAUGGUCUAGUGGCUUCAUGCGCUUGGGAUCGAAAAGUAGCCAUGGAGGCGCCUAAAAAAGCAGGCUUUUGGACGGAACACAAGGACCCUCAAAGCGGACGUACAUACUAUUUCAAUAUGGUACUGGGACGCAGCUACUGGGAGCUACCGUCAGACAUGUUGACUCAAGUUAAAAAGCCAACGCUAGAUGCACUGCGUGAGUGGGACCCGGAGACAGCAGAGUCCAAAUACGGUGCUGCCAAAGAGCAUUUAAGUGAGGAGGAUGAAGAAAUUCGUAAGAAACGGGAGGAGGCAUUGGCCAAGUCCCGUAUAGAAGCUGCAGGAGCUCAGGCCACAUCUACAAAGCUAUCAUUGGAAGAGAGAAUGGCCCAAGCAGCACAGAAAAAAAAGGCGAUAGAGGUUCAAGCCAGUGGAAAUCGACCGCCAACUUCCCGCGCUGAUAGCUCCAAUGAGUAUCUAGAAAUGGUUCGGCAAUUGCAGCAAAAUAAUGGCAGCGAGGAAGGAACAGGAGGAAAAUGGCUUGUGAGAUGA